CCUGUCUAGGAACAGAUGAACGCGCGCCGUGCAUUUUCCUCGUGGCUUCCACUGUUCCUCUCCUCCUCCUCUCAGUACCCACCACCUGAUCUUCCUUCUCGCUGCAAUGCAUACGCGUAGCCACCGCCCGCCGCCCGCUAGCUGCUUGCUCCUACAUAAACCCCACGCAGCCCAGCACGAACAUUCAUCUCAGCGGAAAGGGCUGAACGGAACUGUUCUCCUCUCGGCUCUCGCACGUGUAGUCGCGAAUUAGCUCCCAACGAACUACCAAUCGGCAAACUAAAGCUGCAUAUGGCAUUCGCGCUCAAGGCGUCCCCCUCCAGCACGUCUUCUUCUUCCUCGGCUCCGUCGAACCAUCCGAGACUCCGUAGCGCAGCGGCCAUGGCGAUGCCCACGCCAGGGAGGCCUGCGUCCAGGGCAGUCGCGGCCGCGUCUGCCGCGGCCUCGCUCGAGCCGGCCGUGGUCACGCCCUCCCCGGACAGCUACUGGCGGGCGCCGCUCCCCCUUACACCGGCGGCCAGCGAGCGCAUCCCAACAGUGGCACAGGCCAUGUCCCGAGCCAGAGCACACGGCAAGACGGCGUUCAUCCCGUACAUCACGGCGGGGGACCCGGACCUGGGGACGACGGCGGAGGCGCUGAGGCUUCUGGACGCCCUGGGCGCCGACGUCAUCGAGCUGGGCAUGCCCUUCUCGGACCCCUCCGCCGACGGCGCCGUCAUCCAGGCCUCCGCCAAGCGGGCGCUGGCCGCCGGCGCCACCACGGACGCCGUCAUGGCCAUGCUGAGGGAGGUCACGCCGGAGCUGUCCUGCCCCGUCGUCAUCUUCUCCUACUUCAACCCCAUCGUCCGCCGGGGGACCCGGAGCUUCGCCGCCGCAGCCAGAGAAGCCGGCGUCAAAGGCCUUAUCAUACCCGAUCUUCCAUACGACGAGAUACGUGCAUUCAGGAAAGAAGCCAUUCAAAACAGUCUAGAGCUGGUGCUCCUUACAACACCAGCUACACCAGCAGAGAGGAUGAAGGAAAUCGCAAAAGCUUCAGAAGGGUUUGUUUACCUGGUAAGUGUAGUUGGAGUUACUGGCGCCCGUGCAAACGUGAACCCGCGUGUCAAGGAUCUUCUUAAGGAGAUUAGACAGGUUACAGACAAAGAGAUAGCAGUUGGCUUCGGCAUAUCGACCCCUGACCACGUUAGCCAGAUUUCAGAGUGGGGUGCAGACGGGGUGAUAAUUGGCAGUGCAAUGGUGAAGCAAUUGGGUGAAGCAGAUUCUCCAAGAGAAGGGCUGAAGAGGUUGGAAGCAUAUGCCAGGAGUUUGAAAAAUGCACUGCCAUGAUAUCUGUAGCGCAAAAACAAUUAUUCUAACUUUGAUCAAACUAGUUUGAAAGUCAAAACAUUAACGGGAAGAAGAGCGAAAGUGCAUGCGUAUCGCAAGAGCCAUGCAAGAAUGCAUUAUUGGAGAGCCCAUAUCAUUUCCAUUCAUUCCCUUGUUUUAUUUAGGACUGUGCUACUAUUUGUAUCUGCUCAAUCUUUACUUCUUGGGGAUGAAACCACGAAAUAAAGCAUUGAACCAUUACUUGUAACCUCUCAUGAUUAUACCAAAAAUAUGAUCAUAAGAAUGUACCGUUUGAACUUAUCAGGUGCAGCUCGGCUAUACGCUGACCGAUUGAGUGUAGAAGAGAUUAUCUCUCCAAGAUUCAUGUUA